AAACCACGACCUGUAAACCAGUUAACCUGGGGAACUUCUACAACCAAGUUAACACGACACUGACUGGACUCGUUCUGCAUGGUUCCACUUUCAUCUAGCUGCUUUGUUGUUGUUUUGUAAGAAAAAUCUACAAAAGACGUACUUUCUUCAGCUCAUCGUAGACCUCAGUCGGUAGGACCACUUUCGAAAGUUCUGCUAUCCUACUAUGUUUGGAAUGUUAACAACAGCGCUGAGUAUCGAGUCACGGAAUUGGUCGACAGAGACUCUCUGGGCGGGACCUGUGCUCUGAUUCGCUGCUACUCGACAGGUGAAUCGGGAUUGAACGUUGCUUUCUGUUCGAUUUGCCCCGCGCGUCUACCGAGUUUAGGAGCUUUUCGGAGGAAAAUUUGAUUCAUAACCUUCGAUCGAAACGUUUGCAAGCUUAUGUUGUUGCGUUUGGACUCGUUGAAGCCGGCGGACGUGGAAGAGACCCCGGGUCAGGAACCCUUUUGAGUCUGGGUAGGUGGAGCCGUCUGGCUCCGAGCGAUGCUCGUGUAGGUACUCCAAAGAGCAACAUCCAACAGAUCGACUCAGACCUACGUGACUUAUCUCCUGGAACAUGAGUCGGACCACAGACGUCCUGUCUGUGUUUUGGUGCUUCACAGCCGUCGUGCUGGCCGAAGCCCCCCAGUGCGGGAAGCCCCCCCUGGGGCAGAACAGGGUGGUGGGGGGGAUCGACGCCAACGAAGGGGCGUGGCCCUGGCAGGUUGACAUCCAGACGCAGUCGGCGGGCCACGUCUGCGGCGGCUCUCUGAUCUCCGAGUCCUGGGUUCUGUCCGCAGCUCACUGCUUCCCCAACGUCCAUGAAUUGGGCCCCUACAUCAUCUACGUGGGGCGCCACAAGCUGAACGGCUUCAACAUGCACCAGGAGUCGCACCGCGUGCGGCGGGUGGUUGUGCCAGAGUCGUACGUGGAGCCGCAGCGGGGAAACGACCUGGCACUGGUGGAGCUCUCCAGACCCGUCUUCUGGUCCGACUACGUUCAGCCCAUCUGCGUCCCCGACCAAGGGGCGCUGUUCCCGGGGGGGCUGGACUGCAUGGUGACGGGAUGGGGGCACAUCCGGGACAAUGUGGCCCUCCCUGGGCUGGGGGUUCUGCAGCAGGUGAGGGUGCCCAUCAUCUCCUCCCCUUCCUGUCAGCAGCUGUUUGACGUGAACCCACUUGACUCCGAGGACCACGUGGAAAUCCUCCCUGACGAGCUCUGUGCGGGCUACCCCGAGGGCGGCCGCGACGCCUGCCAGGGCGACUCGGGGGGGCCCCUGGUGUGCUCCAUGGCCAACGCCACCUGGGUCCAGGCCGGGGUGGUGAGCUUCGGGCUGGGCUGCGCCGCCAAGAACCGGCCGGGUGUCUACGCCAGGGUGUCCUCGUUCUCCGACCUGAUCCGCAGCACCGUCCCGGGGAUCCGCCUGCACGGCCGGGCCCCGCAGACCCGGACCUGGGGCCCCACUGCGGGGCUCUUCCUGCUCUUCAUUGGCCACUCCCUGGUACUCUGAGAACCUUCCGGAGGAGAGGACCCCCCACGUUCUGAGAUGAAGCCUUUCUGUUCAAAGUAGAUCGAAGCUGGUGAUUGAUGAUUGUCGUCCCGCUGGUGAUUUCAGUGUUAAUGAUAGACAGUGUGCAUUGUUCACCGUCUGAAUGUGAUGAUUAAAUCGUGGAUUUAAACAUGUUUUAAUUAAAUUGUGCCUUAAGUGCAUACAAAUCAUGUAGAUAAAGUCGUCUUUGAUAUAGCGCUUUACAAAUAAAAUACGAAAUGUGUAAAAUAAAGAUUUUUUUUUUUUAUUAAAGCAGAUUUGACCAUUUUGGUCGCGUUGAGGUGGGUGUUAUUCCUUGGUUUUCACACUAGAGGGUCCUAGUACAGUUAUACCAAUUAUGGUAAUGUAAAGGUAAUAUAUGAUAUGGUAAUUAUUGUUAUUGUAGUAAAUAAUGUUACAAAUAAAUUAAGAACUAACACACGG